AUGCCGCCGCCCGCGCCCGAGCGCGCCUCCCGCGGCCUCCCGCGCCCCGCCGCCCGCGCCCAGCGCCUCCGCCGCCCGUCCUGCGCCCCCUCGCCGCCGUUGGUCGCCUCGUCGGCUGCCGUCUGCGGCGACACCUCGACCCUGCUGCUCCGCCGCCUCCCCCGCCGAAGCCCUCGCCGCCGGGCCUCCCCCUCGCCGGAUCCUAGCUUCCCCGACCCCGGCGACCUCCUCGAGCUCCUCUCCGGCCGCCGCGCGCUCCAACUUCGACGAAAUCCUACCCCGCCGCCGGACGCGUCCGGUCCGGUCGGACAAAUCCGCGCCGCCGCCCGCAGCCAAUCGGGGUGUGCCACAUCAGCACCUCCGGCCUCCCGCGCCGCCGGACCAACGGAGCCCAUCGCCGGCCACCGUGGCCCGUACACCGCCGCCCGCGCCCAGCGCCUCCGCCGCCCGUCCUGCGCCCCCUCGCCGCCGUUGGUCACCUCGUCGGCUGCCGUCUCCGGCGACCUCGACCCUGCUGCUCCGCCGCCUCCCCCGCCGAAGCCCUCGCCGCCGGGCCUCCCCCUUGCCGGAUCCUAG